AUGGAUGCUUCCGUGCCUCCCAUGGCGGCUCAGGAUUCCGUUCUCGAUAAGUCUCAGGUGAACGGAAGGCGUCGCAGCCGCAGCAAGAACCGCCGGGCAAAGGAACCUCCCAUGUCUAGCAGCGAAUCGGAAGCUAAUGAAGACCGUCUUAGGAUGCAACGCCGACGCCGGAGCAAGUCGCAUCCUCGUAGCGCCUCCAAUCGGAGAUCUGCUGCGGUUCGCCAACGUGGAAAAUCCAAGAACUGCGAUCCGGUGGCAUUAUUUCAUUACUACCAGAAGGAAUGGGCUCAUUUUCGAAGUCAGAUCCCCGGCGAGAAUUCCCGCACCGGAGUACGCAACAAGCCAAUGGGCCUGAAGAAGUGA